CUAGGGCAGUUAUGAACAACCGGCCGCUUUUUCGCAAUUUUUUUUUUUUUUUUUUUCCCAUAUGCAGGGUAGGUAGAGAAAUGGUGACGGAGGAGGGGAUCGAUGACCAGCAGAGCGGAGGGAAUCAGGGCACGAAUGGGGAUGGGGAACGAAACGAGAGAUCAGCCAGGGAUCGAGAGUCAGCCAAACUGGAAGGAACCCGAGAAGAUAGAAAGGAUGCCUCAAUUGCAGAAAGCUCGGGGAAAGUUGGGGGUAGCAAAAGGGGAUCUCAUAAAAAUAGGGAAGGGGGAAACGAUAUGAGAACAAGUCCUCGGAACUCAGCAGGAGCCACCCCUAAAAAGACGGAAGUCCUGAAUACCCGUCGUAAACUGGCAGAGAUAGAAAAGCGGACUGUAAAAUUUAAGGCAAGACUUAUCGAGCAGAUGAUGGCCGGGGAUGAGGAGGACCCCCAGGACGCAGGGUCGCGUGAAGGGCGUAGGAUCGGUCAGGACGACGCCAGGUACGAAGGAAAGCAUAAUAGUCACAAGGGAACGCCUAACAAAAAGGGGAAGGACAAGGACGGAACGCUGAAAACCGGGGAGGAGCAGAGGGAAAGCAAGGAGGGGGAAGGGACUAGUGCAGUUGGGGAAGGGGGUAGCUCCGAAGGUGGGCUCAAGAAGAUAGUCACCACCCUCACCCGGGCACUGAACAAAAACCAGGGGUACCUCGCAGAUGCAAAGAAGAAACUCACGUUCGACGGGGCAAACAUUACGGAGUUUCAGAUAGACUAUGAGAACCUAGCAGCCUUACUGAAAUGGACGGAAGAGGAAAAGAUGGAGCACCUAGGGCAGAACGUGUCGCUAGGCUUGGGAAGGGACAUUAUGGUCAUCGUCGCCUCCAGUGGAUCCUGGAAAGAAACCAGGAAUGAGAUGAUGAGGAAAUAUCUGAAGGCAGAAAAAAUGGCAACAGAGGCCGAAUUAGCCGCAGUCCAUAGGAAAAACUAUGCGACUUACAACGAUUUCCUAAGGAUAUUUACGUUAGUGGCAUUGCGAAUUCCUGGGGUAACGGACCGCAUAAUGAGUAAAUACUUCCUCAGGCAGUUCUCCGAGUUUGAUAAGGAUAAGAUUCCGUCAGCAUACCGGCAGACUAGUAAGGUAAAUAUCACCACUCGCCGGGCUGGCGCAGAAAAGAAGCUUAUUCAAGAUACAGUAAUGGAAGAACUCGCAGGGACUAGCACGGGCCAGCAAGAGACCGAAGUCGGGGAACAAGAGAAGGUCUAUGGGAAGCUAAGGGAGGACGAACCGGUAGAUAAGGCUACGGCGGCAAAAAAGAAGUUCAGGUAUCGAAUUCCGAUCCUGACUUCGCCAGAAAUCGAUGGCACCUUGAGUAAGCUACUGGGUACCAUGGUAUCGGUGUCUUUUCAGACCAUGCUGCAAGCCAGCCCGAGGCUGCUUAAAGGACUCAGGCAGUUGCUAACGCGUAAGCGCGUAGAGGUAGAGGAGGCCCCAGAACUGCAAGAGCAGGACAUGGAAGAGGCCGAGGCACCGCAAGGAGUCUCCAACCUCCAAAGCAUUCCAGGGGGCCUGAGAGAUUUGGAGAAAGCCUUUGCGGACAUCCGCCUAAGCCUACAGGAUCGUGAAGGUGGCGAAGUCAUGAGGGCGCCACCCGGAACAAAGCUUAACUUUCAUGCAUUACCAGUUGGGAAACUUAAAGUUCAAAUCGGAACUCACCACACGGACGCGUUAGUGGAUGGCGAAGCAGAAAUCACCCUCAUACGUCGAGAUUUUGCAACGGUCACGGAGUGCACGGUAAACAAGGAAGUUGCGGGGAGUAUCCGGGGAGCUGGGGGCAAAAUUCCUUUCACAGGGUAUGUCACCAAAUGCGCGGUUAAGGCAGGAAUCCGGGAAUCCAUUUGGUCUUUCCAACGGAUGACCGCCAUGGAAGAAAUGAACCACGACAUAAUCCUUGGGAGACCAUGGUGCACCAAUGUAGAAAUGAUAGGAAUGCAUCUGCAUGACGACACAUACAUGGUAGACAUAGAGGACCCAGUGACCGGCCGUGGAGAACUCCGACUUCUUGGGACCGGAGGGGACCCUCCAAAGGGCAAAUUGACAACCUGGUCUCCAACAUUCGAAGAAAGUGCGCGGAAGGGGGCUUUCGCACGAAUGGAAGACAUGAUGGAAAGGGUAUAAAUUAUGAUUGAGGAGGCUUUUAGUAAAAAAAAAUGGAUCAA